AUGUACUCGUACUUCGGCUAUUCGCCCAUUUUAUGGCCAUCCAAGCAUAUGUUCAGGAAUAGGGGGUUGCAAAGUGGAUCAAGACGACGUCUACCCCAUCCCCUCGCCAAAGUGACAGCGACAUCGAGGCCGUCUUCGGCAUCCUCUUCUCCCUGCGAGCAAUCCGACGCCUGUUCGUCGAUGGAGUUCACCGACCUCGAAAUCCAACAGAUAAAAGAUCAUAACCAGAAGAGGGUGAAGCGCGUGGUGGCCGUGGUCGCCAUCUCGAUGACGAUAAUUGCCAUCGUGCUCGUGGGCCUCUCGCUCUCCUUUGGGAAGAAGAUUGACCUUCUCGUGGAAGAAUCGAUGGAAAAACGUCAUCAAGGCCGUGAGCUCCUCGGCCUCAACGUCUCCAUGCACAACCAUCGAAAU